CGCUAGGUCGAUCGUCGUUACGCGGCUAUGGCGUCCAAGAGCAUUGCUUGGCGCCGCGAGUAGCGUUGCCGCGGCAGGCGAUAUUUCGCGCACCGAUGUAGCUUGGAUCGACGCAAGAUUCUUCCCUCGGUGGGAUUCCAGCGCUUGGAGCUGCAAUGGCGGGGCGGGGGCUUCGGAUGAACAGAGUCAAGCCUCUGGCCUACCGAGCGAUCGUUCCAACAAUGCUGGUGGUUCUCUUCAUCACAACCGGGGCGCUGAUCUACGGCGAGACCCCGGCAUCGUAUCCGGUGAGCGCCGAGGCGAGCGAUGCCUACCCCAGCCAUUUGCGAUUCUACAUGAAGCGCACGAUCUUGGCGCUCAGAUCGAGGCAAGAUCCACUCCGGGCGAGGGCGGAGAGUCUUGUCAAGCAAGCGAAGGAUCAGCUGGCGGUGGUGAAUGCCUACGCCGCGUACGCGAGGCGAGGCAAGCUUGAUGUGGCGAGACAGGUGAGAAUCUUCACGGAUCAGGCCAGGAACUACACGGAGUUACUGGCGAGGCCAGAGAACCGGGGUUUGAUAGAUAGCAAUGGUGGCGCAGUGGAUCCGGAAGCUCUCAGGGCCUUCGAGAGGGAUUUGAGGGAGAGAUUGCGGGUGACGCGGCAACUCAUGAUGGAUUCCAAGGAGCUCUUUGACAACCAGCUCAAGAUCCAGAAGCUCAAGGACACCAUCUUCCAGGUGAACGAGCAGCUCACGAGAGCCAAGAAGCAGGGAGCUUUCGCGAGCCUCAUUGCUGCCAAGUCAGUGCCCAAGAGCUUGCAUUGCCUGACGAUGAGGCUCAUGGAGGAGAGAGUUUCCCAUCCGGAGCGCUACGUUGAUGGUCCGGAGCCUGCCCCCGAGCUGGAAGAUCCAUCGCUGUUCCACUAUGCGAUCUUUUCGGACAACGUGAUCGCGGCGUCGGUGGUGGUGAACUCGGCCGUGAAGCAUGCCCGAGAGCCCGAGAAGCACGUAUUUCACGUGGUGACGGAUAAGAUGAACUUGGGAGCCAUGAAAGUGUGGUUUACGAUGAGAAAGCCGGAGAAAGCUCACAUCGAAGUGAAGGCCGUGGAGGACUACAAGUUUCUCAACUCGUCCUACGUACCGGUGCUCAAGCAGCUCGAGUCGGCCAACUUGCAGCGCUUCUACUUUGAGAACAAGAUGGAGAACGCGACCAAGGACGCCACCAAUAUGAAGUUUCGCAACCCGAAGUACCUGUCGAUGCUCAACCAUCUCCGCUUCUACUUGCCGGAGAUGUAUCCCAAGCUGGACAGGAUACUCUUCCUCGACGACGACGUGGUGGUGCAGAAGGAUCUGACAGGGCUGUGGGAGAUCGACAUGGACGGGAAGGUGAAUGGGGCGGUGGAGACGUGCUUUGGCUCCUUCCACAGAUAUGACAAGUACAUGAACUUCUCGCACCCUCUCAUCGCGUCCCGAUUCAAUCCCAAGGCUUGUGGCUGGGCAUACGGGAUGAAUUUCUUCGACUUGAAUGCUUGGAGGCGAGAGAAGUGCACCGAAGAGUAUCACUACUGGCAAUCCAAGAAUGAGAACCGCAGUCUUUGGAAGCUUGGAACCCUGCCGCCGGGUCUCAUCACCUUCUACAAGACGACCAAGCCUCUGGACAAAUCGUGGCACGUACUGGGCCUGGGAUACAACCCGAGCAUCAGCUUGGAGAAGAUCAGGAGCGCAGCGGUGAUUCACUUCAACGGGAAUAUGAAGCCGUGGCUGGAUCUAGCCAUGAACCAGUACCGGGAGUUUUGGACGAGGUACGUGGAUUACGACAUGGAAUUAGUUCAGAUGUGCAACUUUGGACACUGAAGAAGCAGCAGUGAGCUCUUCAGCUGUCUUAUCGACCAUGCGGCGUUUCUAUGUAGCUAAGUAUGCUAACACUUCACACCAUUUUUUGAGGCGUAUAAAGAUGAUAUCUGUGAA